AUGGCAGGCACAGGAUCGUGGAGUGCAGCUUCUUUGUCUGAGGAGGAGCAUGCAAUACUUGGCACUUUAGACCCUGUCGACACCCCAAUGACGAGAAUGACUUCUGGGGAGGAGCCUACAUAUGACGAUGAUGACACUGAGCCCAAUUAUGCUCUAGCUAAGCACCCAUCCGAGCCAGUCAAUUCACCAGACUACAGACCGGCUGGACUUGAGCUUCUCAGCUCCAAACAGUUGGUUCAAUUGAUGGCUCUCUUGAUAGUGUACUACUGA